UUGGAGUUACGGUUCUGUCCCAACGCGGAAAUGUGGAGUGUUUGUUGUGAUGAAAUGGAGUCGGACUCCCACUUCUUUAGCAGCUAACUUUUAGCAGAAACCCGGCCCCCUUUCUCUUUUUAAGAGCUUAGAAAUGUCAGUGCCGUUUGAAAAUGAAAACGAAGUGGAUUUUUCGACGUUAGCUCACGUUUUAGCCGGUGCGCGCGAGGUCCGUAAAGUUCAGCACGCGCACUAAAGGAUGGACCGGACACGGUUUGUGUGUCUCUGUCUGCUUAUAUGUCUGAGCGGACCGUGUUUACAGUGUGAAGGAGGGAGCUCUGUCACUCUCCCCGAGUCUCUGCUCUUCGUCUCUACGUUAGAUGGGAGUCUACACGCCAUUAGCAAACAAACUGGAGAUAUCAAAUGGACUCUGAAGGAAGAUCCAAUCAUCCAAGUUCCAGUUUACCUGCAGGAACCAGGUUUCCUUCCCGACCCCAACGAUGGCAGCCUGUACGUGUUAGGAUAUAAACACAAACAGGGUCUAAUGAAACUUCCCUUCACUAUUCCAGAGCUGGUUCAGUCGUCUCCCUGCAGGAGCUCAGACGGCAUCCUGUAUACAGGUAAAAAGCAAGACACCUGGUUUGUAGUGGAUCCUCAGACAGGUGAGAAACAGACGAGUUUAAGCACUGCGUCCUCUGAUUCCAUCUGUCCAUCGGCUCCUCUCCUCUACAUCGGACGCACAGAGUACAUGAUCACCAUGUUUGACACCAAGACACAGGAACUGCGCUGGAACGCCACCUAUAACGAUUACUCCGCCCCUCUGUACGAUGACCAGAAAUACGAUUACAAGAUGUCCCACUUUGCGUCGAGCAGCGACGGCCUGGUGGUGACGGUGGACCGCGACUCGGGCGACAUGCUGUGGAUGCAGAAGUUUGACUCCCCGGUAGCCGGAGUUUACCUGUGGAUUCAGGACAGCCUGCGGCGAGUGCCUCACCUCACUGUCGCCACGGAAACGCUGCGAUAUCUCACGUUCAUGGCGCAAAACACGCACUCGCACCCCAUGAGGUGGACCUACCAGUUUACCCAGGAGCAGCACAGCACCAAAACACAGCUCGUUCCGUCUUUGUACGUAGGGAAAAUGGAUUCUCACCUCUACGCCUCCACCUCUCUCGUCCAUGAAGGAGUCACUGUAGUGCCUCACGGCCUCACGCUGGCACGUAUCGAGGGGCCAACGACGGCGGGCGUGACGGUGGGGAAUGGGCGGGGCGAGUGUGAGAUCACGCCCAGCACCGACGUCAAGAUCCCACCGGGAAGCACCAACCCGCUGCAGAACCAGUGGCUACUGAUAGGCCAUCAUGAAGUUCCCCCUGUGGCCCACACCACCAUGCUGAGAGAAUUCCCGGAGAACCUGCAGCACUCCGGUGACGUCAUCCCUCCCCGAGGUUCCUCUUCAGCGUAUCGGCCCGGAGCGCGCCCAAUGCCCCGAGUGACACGUGAAAGUUCUUCCGCCAUGCUGCCGGACUCUUUGACCUCUGACCCCGUGACCUCGUUCUUGGUGACGCUGCUGCUCGCCACACUGCUAGCGUUCUUGUUCAGCUACAAGCGACAGGUCAGAAAAAUGCCCCGAUCAGAACCGACGAUGGAUUCCAGACUCUUAAUAGAUAACACCAGCCAGACCAGUCAGGUUUUGCCCACAGGAAGUGACGUCGUCGACUCAUCGUCGGCUUACAGCGUCGGCGACCGGUCCGAUCACAGCAGCUCGGCGUCGUCCGAUCAAACCCGGCCUCGCUCGAGCACUCAGGACUCGGUCCCGACAACCGCCUCGAACUUUUCCCGAGAUUCAGACGACGCGCAGCCGGACGUGGUGGAAGUGGGUAAAAUCUCCUUCAGCCCUUCUGAAGUGCUGGGACACGGCACAGAGGGGACCUUCGUGUUCAGAGGUCACUUUGACGGGCGACACGUAGCAGUGAAGCGUAUCCUGCCUGAGUGUGUGGAGUUCGCCGAGCGCGAGGUCCAGCUGCUGCGUGAAUCAGACGAGCACCCCAACGUCAUCCGCUACUUCUGCACCGAGCGUGACCGUCAGUUCAUCUACAUCGCCAUCGAGCUGUGUGCUGCCACCUUACAGCAGUAUGUCGAGGACCCGAGCUGUCCGUGUUCCGGCCUGGAUCCCGUGACUCUGCUGGAACAGACGAUGUUCGGACUCAAUCACCUUCACUCCCUCAACAUCGUUCACAGAGACCUGAAGCCUCGGAACAUUCUCCUGUCGACGCCGGGAGCGCUCGGCCGGGUGCGAGCCGUCAUCUCCGAUUUCGGACUGUGUAAAAAGCUUCCGGACGGCCGGCACAGUUUCAGCCUGCGCUCCGGGAUCCCAGGAACGGAGGGCUGGAUCGCUCCGGAAUUACUGAGCGGUGUGGAGAAAGGAAACCCUACGAGUGCGGUGGACGUGUUCUCAGCCGGCUGUUUGUUUUAUUACGUGGUAUCCAGAGGACAGCAUCCGUUCGGGGACACGCUGCGGCGUCAAGCUAACAUCCUCUGUGGGGCGUACAGUCUGGAGAACUUUAUGGAGGAUAUACACGAGGACGUCGUCGCCAGAGAUUUGAUCGAAAUGAUGAUCAGUGCAGAUCCGGAGUCCCGGCCCGCCACGGCCUCGGUUCUGAAACAUCCGUUUUUCUGGAGGCCGGAUAAACAGCUGCAGUUCUUCCAGGAUGUCAGUGAUCGUAUAGAAAAGGAGCCAGCAGAGAGCCCUAUCGUGGUCCGAUUGGAGACGUCGGGCCGAUCGGUGGUCCGAACCAACUGGAGAAUGCACAUCUCGGCGCCUCUACAGGCCGAUCUGAGGAAAUUCCGCACGUAUAAAGGGAACUCGGUCAGAGACCUGCUCAGAGCUAUGAGAAAUAAAAAGCAUCAUUACCACGAACUCCCACCUGAGGUUCAAGCGGCGCUCGGUGAAGUCCCAGAAGGCUUUGUGGCGUAUUUCACCUCGCGCUUCCCGCGGUUACUGCUGCACACACACACUGCACUGAGCAUCUGCGCUCCUGAGAGACCGUUCCACCCCUAUUACCACAACUAAACACACACACACACACACACACACACACACACACACACACACACACACACACACAUGGCAUGAAGAGGAUGUGAUGCAGGACAAAACACUCAGCAUUCAGGAAUCUUUAUGGAAGGAUUUUAUAGACACCGUGUGUCCCGAGUCGUGGGGUUCGGAACGCGUCCAGGCUGAAACACUAGCGCUGCCGUCUCCCGUGGAACUACUGAUGCGAUCAUGCAUGACGGCCAGCAUUUUCUCCCUUUCCUUCACCGAGGAGGGGCGGUUCCUCGGCUGCAGUCGUCAUGGAAGCCGCCCUCUGAGGUUUUAAACCCGGAAUCCCUGAUGGGGAACGCACCAGAAUAGAUUUGCUUUCCGAAGACGCGGCGUGUUUGUCUUUCACCGCCGCUAUGCCACGAGCUCGACCGGAACAAAUUCACCGGCGAGUCGUUCCCGAGAGCGUUUACACGAUCCGCUCGGCGUCAGAUCAGCCUCUAUACGAUUCUACAUCGGCCGUUUAUUUAUUUCAGCAUUUCACACGCACGCCGUUUUUAAUUUUUUUUAAACACGGUCGUUUUAUAAAGGCGGACAAGACUAGCCGUCGAAUCGGGACAAAAGUAAUGGCGCCCUGUAAAUGAGCCGUGUCCGCCUCUGCGUUUGCUGUUCAGCCUUCACUGCCAACACUUCAGCGAGAUUGAUUAUCAAUAUAAAUAAUCGCUUAUCGGAAUUCCCACAAACUUUUAUGAUAAUUUAAACAGUGUACCACUAGGAAUUUGUUCACGCUGAUUAUACCGAAGACGUAACUGUUUACACGCGUAACUUACCGUUCCCUGCAUAAGUAUUCACACCUUUCAGUGAACCCGGAGCACGGUGGCGGUAGCGUCACGUCACGUCACGUCGCGUGAACCUAGCUCACAGGUGGAAUUCCAGCCACGUACACAGCGUUGAUUAACGUAAAAGCACCUGUUACAGCCGCAGAUCUUCCUAUUGCUCAGUAUUUUAAUAUUUUACAGUUGCGUUACUGAAAAGAUGCUAAACGACACGAAGCCGGUCCACAGAGUUUUAAAAUAAUAUAUUAAUGGGGUGUCAUUUCACACCGUGCCCUUCUACUGCAUUCUGAUCCAGCGUGCUCACCCUCAGAAAGGCUCGAUUCACCAUUCAAGAGAACCGAAGCCGAGAUGUGUUACUCGUGUGGAGAUUUUCUACAGGACGGGAAGUGACAUGGCUGUAAACGACUGGUGUUUAUCACUCGGGAUUUAUUUAUUAUUUCAGUUACA